UCAAAACCCUCAAGUGGAUUCCCUUAAAACCCUUCGCGGCCGGUUGCUCGCCAGACAUGCCGCCGAUCACAAGGCAGCCGGACGCCUAGCGGACCCGGAUUGCAACAGUGCGCUCGCCGCCGACCCUGCCUCCACCUCAACCUAGCCGACGUCUUCGAAGCGGUGCGCUUGCUCCCGUUCGCCAUCCUUCGCAAUUGCAAGCUUCCGAUUUCAGAGGGGGAAAAUUGGCUGUUCCGCCGGAUUCCGCUUGUUAGGUAAAUAGGGGAAGGGGAGUACGGCAGCUGGCUUGGAAAACGUGCUUAUCCGCAGAUUUCAAAUCUUGGCGCCUAACACUGCUUUAGUUUUUCCACCCUUGAAAUCUGCCUUUUUCAUUCGCUUCUUCACCCAGCUCGUGCUCGGCCAAAGGUGGAAGCUUUCAGCUUCUGUCGCUUUCGUGGUUUGCGUGGAUCACAUUUAGAUGGAAGAUGGUGAUGAUAUUUCCCCUGGCGGCGACCUCCCACAAGGAGAAGAGAAACUUAUGGACGGAGAAGACUAUAUUGAAGAAGAGGACAACGUAAUUGUAGAGGGGGAACCUAGAAAAGAAUUGUCAAGUUCGUACAGAAUAAAAAUUAUUGAGAUUUUGAGAAACUUACAUUCUCCAGAGAUAAAAAUUUAUUCAGAUGCCUCCAGGAAGUUCAUUAGUUUGUUGAGAGGGGAAGUAGGUGGAGGGAUCCUACGUGAAUACAUUCAGUUGUCUCCACAAUGCUCAGAAAUCGUGGAAGCUUGGAGGAUUCAUCAAGGAAAACCUGGGAUGGUGCAUAUAUUGUCGUUAGUUUCUGUGAUUUUUAACCACUCUGAAGGGAAGUCUCAGACUAAUGGAUUAGGUAGGAAUCUUGAUAAAUUUGCAUGGUUGAUAAUUGACACCAAAAUGAGUGAUAUUUAUGCUGAACUUGAUUGUAAUGAAUCAAGACGCCAGAUGACAGCUCUGGACCUUUUGGCUUCAAUAGUUAGGCGUGGUGGACGAUAUGCUUCUGAGGUUGCCAAAAAUUUUGAUUUUAAGCUGCAAGUUCUUUUUAAGAUAUCAGGACUACAAAAGAAAGGUAGGGAGGAGAGGCAUGGCUUAAGACGGUCCAUUAGGAGGGCAUUUGUUGGCUUUUUGAUGUCAUUUAUUGAAGUUGGGAAUCCUAGGCUAGUGAAGCGGGUUUUGCAGCAGGGGGAGUUGUAUUCCGCAGUGCUUCGUGGACUUGCAAGUGAUGAGACUGAGACUAUUACGUAUGUCAUCACCACACUGCAGAACAAGGUCCUUUCUGAAGAUUCACUAGUUCCACCCUCUCUCCGGAGUGUUAUAUUUGGGAGCAUCGCCUUAGAGCAGUUGUGCCACAUUUCAGGAAAUUCAAUGGCAGGCCGUGCUGCCGAGCUUGCACAUGAGAUUUUGGUGACGGCAUGCACUGAUCCAUGCAAUGGUUUGAUGCCUGGUUUAAAAAUGAAGGGGAAUGUGAAAAGGCUGCUUGAGUUGAUGAGGAAGUUGAAGGCGACAGAGGUUGGUUGCCAUCGAGAUUUAUUAUUGGCUAUUUCCACCAAGAGUCAAUCCUUGGCUGCAGCUUACAUGGAUGCUUUUCCCUACAAUGUUGAGCCUCGGCCAUUGCCUUCAUGGUUUACUGCUGUAUCCGUUGCAGCUGAUGUCAUUUCUUCUGUAGAUACGGAAGCUAGUGCCUUGUCACUUGCUAAUGCUGUUGAAAAUCUGCCAUCUACAGUCAGUGAUCAGUUGCAAAACAUCUUUAAGAACAUCAUUCCCCGAGUCUGCAAUCGAUCAUUAGUAAAUAAAGGAUUGCUUCAUGCUGACAUUCUUGUUAAGCAUGGUUCUCUCAGACUAAUUAUGGAAUCACUUAAAUCACUAAAAGUUCUUGUCACAACAGUAGAUAAUGCUUUGAAAAAUCAUCUUCAUGAGAAAACAGUCAAUUCACAUGGCAAAGAGAUUGUUGAACUGCAUGGUCCUCCAGGGUUUAGUUGCUUUCUAAGAGUGGAUAAGUUUGUGGAUGAUGGAGCUUUGUCCCCUGAUAAUGUAGGAACUACAAAAUGGAUGUCUCUAAGGCAACGCAUACUGGAUGAGAUAAGAGGGUCGCUGCCUGAUCCUCAAGUUUUGCUCAAGUUGUUGUCUUCACUAAGUUACAAACAUUCGGCAAAGCACUCAAAAAGCUUAAAGAGAACCAAUACCAUGGCUGAAGUUUCAGGAAAGAGAUUGAAGUCUAAUAUCACUAUAGAGAAUGAUGAUAUUGUUAUUGGCGGAAUUAAUAUUUCACCUUUGGCUGAGCUUGUUAAAUAUGAAAAUGAAGUUAAUCAUGAAGUCACCAUCUCUGAGUUGGGCAGGGACAAAGAUCCUAAAGCAAUAGUAGCUGAGAUAUGGAAAUUAAAUAAAGAGAAUUUGGUCACAAGCGAAGAAGUGGAUGAACAAGAUUAUUUUUAUGCAAGGCUGCUUGAUGUCAUUGCACUCUAUAUGUGGAUUUUGCCAAGUGCUUUUGAAGGUUCUUUUGACUUUUUCAAAAUUCUGCCAAGUAAUAUUUUAAGUCUUCCUAUAGCACAACAACAAUCUCUAUUGUAUUUGCUGGUAGAGUCAAUUGGACAAUCUCCAGGAAGUAGUGCUUCAGCCAGAAUUCCAGAUUUUAUGUACAAACACUUGCAACCUUUAAUUAAUCUCUUGAUAUAUUCACCAUCUAAAGAAAUUAAAGAUUUAGCAUAUAUACUGGCAAAAUCAUCCCUCAUCAGCACCGGGGCAUUCGACCAGAAUAUUUCAGAAGUUGAUGCCUGGAUGAUCUCCUUACCUGGCUUUAGCCGAGCAUCAUAUUCUUCCGUGGACAACAAAAGAGCAGAAGCAUUUCGUAGCUUAUAUUCAGUUGUCAUUUCAUUUCUUUGUGAUGCUGUUUCAACCGUGGGAAAUAGUCUAUACAAAUAUCUUGACCAAAUGCACAAGCUUAUCUCUAAUCUUGAAAUUUUUCACGAUGAUUCCCCUGGAUUUAGCCCUUUGAUUAUUUGCAUCUUUCAAAAGUGCUUGAGGUUGCUCGAAUCAGAUACGGGAACCUUCAAGUUAUAUGAGAGAUCUGUUGUUUCAUUGUAUGUGUCUAACACCCUAAAAUUGAUUUUAGAAUCACAGGUAGACAUGAAAAUAUUGCCUGGUCUUAUAAAUUCAAUAUUGAAUGAGAAAUUUGUGGAUGAUUCAAAGAAUUCACUAUGUGAAUGGAGGCCACUGAAGAAUCUAUUUCAUUUCUCCCAAGAUCUUUUAAACCAGAAAGGAUUUACUUUGUACUCCAUGCCAGAGAUUACAACAGAAGGACUUGACUCUUUCCAAUUUAUUCAUUCCAAAAUGAAGGAACUUGCAGAUCGGCAGCAAGAUGAAGUAGCCUUUGCACUUUUAUCUUCAAUCAUAUGUGCUCCGGUUGAGGAUCUCCUAAAAAAUCUUCAUUUCCUUUUCACAAUUGCCCCACUGCAAUUUAAUUCUCUUGUCCAAUUCCUGUCAUAUCUACUCUUUAUUGAGCCAAAGUUUCUUGUUGAAGCUAUUAAUUUGUGGCCAAGUAUGUUUCUUUCUUGUCAGAAUAAGAUUGAGGAUGUAAUGGCAGCACAUGACUGCAAAGGUGAUUGCAGCCAUUCGCUAUUUAUAGAUGAUUAUUUGGCUGGUAUAACAUUAUUCUCAGAUGCUGCUGUUUCCAAAAAUUCAGUUGCUAGUGCAUUGUCUUCAUUUUUAAGGCAUGCUCCUUUUUGUGCACUAGUUUCUUCAUUUGUUUGCUUGGGCAGCUACGGGAAGUACUCAAUCAGAAUGUUAGAAAUAGUGCACUCUCCCUUAUUUAUAGAUCUGCUUAAAGAUAAGAUAGCCAAAGGUUCAAUUGAUGACUUGGUUUUAUUUCUUGGAUGUGUACUCUUUUGGGCUCACCAUAUACGGUUAUUUUAUAAGGCUGAGCCAUCUGAUGUUCUUGAAGAACUCUUCCAAGUGUGCUUCACUCUUGUAGAGUGCAUCUUUGAGCAUAUUCUGGCAGAUUCCUCAGCUGCAGUCAAAUCCUUUGAUGUGGAAGGAUCUUCAUUAACUAAAAAUAUUAUAGAUGCUGUUCAGCUCUUUCUCAACCACCCACUUAUUUCAUGGUCUAUAUCAGAUCCAAUAUGCUAUAGCAAAGAUGUUGGAAAUGAUAAGCUGCUAGAUGCUACCAAAUCUUUUGAUUCUCUUGUAAUUUACUCAAAGCAAAAUUUUCACAAAAUGGACAGUCUUGUGUUGCAACGUUUAACUAAGGUUUUUGAAAACUUCUUGUCUUUGAUGAGUCGAGAUCAGCGUUCCUCCCAAAGCCAUGUAUUUGUUGAAUCUGUUCUUGAGGUUUGUAGGGGCCUAAUUCAGAAGACAGCCUUCUUGUUCAGGGAAAAGUUUGAUGUCUGUGUUGAUAGAAGUUGUAUGAUUGGGCUUCUUCCUCACUUCUAUAUCUUUUACUCCAUGAUGAACUUCUGUUCUCCUUUUGAUGUUCUUGAACUUGCUAACUGGAUGUUUUCAAAGAUAGAUACCAGAGCUUCUAGCUGCAGUUCAGAGGUUCUUGUGUCUCUUCAUUUCUGUAUGUAUAUUGCUGAUAGUGCAUUGGAUUUGCUAUACAGUUAUAUGAAACAGAGGAAUGGCGCACCUGAAUCAUAUGGGUUUCAUCGAGUGGAUGAGAAAAGUUUUAAUGUUGCCAUUCUUCAGAAGGUUUACUGCAAUAUCAUUGAUUUGGUAUUAUGCUUUAAUAUGAAAACUGCAACUACUUGCCUUCUGAAAGCUGUUUAUAUUGUGUACAAUCAGAAGUCUUCAUAUGUUCACCCUACUUCUCUUCCAUUGUACAUGCUAUUUUCUAGGAUGAUCAGCCAUAGUCCAAUGAAUUUGGUUAUCUGCUGCCUAAAUUCCAUAAGCAAGGUUAAGGGAAUGAUAUUGUCGUUGCUUAUGGAAGUAAGUCCUUUGUUCAUGCAUCUCUUUGGACAGAUAUUCUUGGGCAUUUUGAGCAAGAGUACAUCUGUUUGUGAUUUCCUAAAUUUAGAUGGUGAAUGGUCACAAAGGACUAAGGUGGUUAACCGGAACUGCAACUUUUGGCUUUCUGAGGAUGAUUUUAUUCUUCUACUUCCAGCUGCUUUGUCAUAUGUCACCUCACAUUUAAAGGAUCUUAGAUCUAAUGAAAUUCUGAUAUUCUACUCUAAAAUUCUUUUGGAAAACUUUUCAAAUUGGAAGAGCUAUGUGUCUGGCAUUAUUUUAAUGGAAAAAUCCUCUCCUGAUUACCUACUCACAUCAUCUGAACAUUUUGAUAGAUAUUUGAAUAAUUCUCUUCUUGGAACAGCACUCACUAUGUUGCACUACUUUUUCACUUCAAAUGGGAAUUUAGUUGGGAAGAAGCAACGCCUGCAAAUAUUUAAUUCUCUUUACUCAAAUUCCUUUGAGCUACUUGAUGAUAACCUCAAAGAACUAAGCAGUUGUUCUUAUGAGGAAUCCUUGAAGAUCAUUAUUGAUAUUUUUGCCAAGAUAUCAUUUACAAGGAUGUUGCUAUCACCUGUGGAAACUUUGUCACAAUGUGUGGAAUCAGAAACCAGAGCAUCCGGUGAGAAGACUCAGAAAAAGGAUUCUGAAAGAUUGAAUCGUGCCAAGUUGAGGUUUAUGACUAUAUUGGUUAGUUCAUUGGAUCAGAUUGUCAGCAUAUUUCCUCUUAAGAAUGGUAGCUAUUCCAAUUCCUGUGUCCCUGUUAGUUAUAGUAUUCACUGCUACAUGGAACAUUAUAUUUUGAAAAACAUCAUUGAAUUGGCCAUUGAAAUGAGGAACUAUCUUUCUCAGAUACCUUCUGUUCCGUCUCUAGAUCACUUUAUCAGAUCUUGCCUCCUAUAUAGGUUUGAGGAUCCUGCUACUUUAAAAGCAAUUCGUUGCUUUCUAGCUGCACUACCUGAAAAGACAUUUUCUUCAUCUGAAAUUCUUGGGCUUUUGCUUGGACACUCUAAGUUUGUUUCUACAAUUCUCUCAAGUGAGAGUUUUGCUGAUUCAUCUGCUUCAAUGGCUAAUGAGCAGUCACUCCCAAGUGUUCUGAAAUUUCUUGAUGUCUCUACUAAUGUCCAUGAAUCUGCUAAAUUCAUGGUCAAAAGAAGCUCUGAUAGAGACCAAAGAAGGUUAGAAUUGAUUAAGUUGGUCAGAGUUUUGUAUCAUUUUGAGCUUAGAACCUGCAAUGUGAAACCUGAAAUCAGUGUCAGGGAUUCAAGGGAGUUAUUUAUUCUUCUUUUAUCUUCUUACGGGGCAACUUUAAGUAAAACUGAUUUGGAAAUACUCAGUCUGAUCCACGAGAUUGAAUCAAUUGAAGGAACUAAAUAUGACAAAAUUGCUGAGAUGGAUUAUUUGUGGGGUAAUUCUGUCUUGAAAAUAAGAAAAGAAGUUGUGCAUGAUGGCCAAUCCUCUUUAGCCAUGACAUCUUAUUGUGAAUUGGCUGAAGAUCAACGCAAAAUGCUAUUCAGAGAGAAUAUGCCAGUUGAUAUGAUCAAUUGUGUGAUGACAGUUUUGAAUUUAUGUCAUGAUGGGUCUCAAUUAACUACUUCAGUGUCGAUAGAAAAUCUUCUUCAGGAUAAAUUCAUUGAUGUGAUCGAGCAACCUACAUCAUGUGACUCAAUUCUAGGAUAUGAUCCUGCUUUCAUAUUGCGGUUCUCACUCCAUUGCCUUGUGAUAGGGUUCAUUGAACCCAUUGAGUUUUCUCAGCUAGGCCUGCUUGCUGUCGCUUUUGUAAGCAUAUCUUCUGUAGAUGAAGAGUUGCGGAAAUUGGGGUACGAAGUCCUUGGAAGAUAUAAAUUAUCACUUGAGAAUUCUCGAAAUAAAGACCUACUGCAGCUCCAACUUCUCUUAACAUAUUUCCAGAAUGGUAUAACACAACCAUGGGAAAGGGUGCCUUCAAUUUUCACUAUUUUUGCUGCAGAAGCUUCUUUCAUGCUCAUAGACAACAGGCAGAAUCAUUUCUUUACUAUAAGCAGGUUCUUAAUGCAUUCACCUAAAAUGGAUUUUAAGAGUGUUCCUUUGUUUCACACAACAUUCAAAAGUACUGAUUCCAACAAAUUGGAGCACAUUUGGAUCCUUCAACUUUUAUAUGCAGGAAUCAAUUCAAUUGAUGAUGCUAAAAUAUAUAGGAGAAACAAACUUCUAGAAUUCUUGCUAAGUUUUCAUGCCUCAUCGAUGUCAAAUUCUCAAUCUAGUUUCCUAAUUCUUCAGAUUAUACAGAAAUCAACAAAGUUACCUAUGCUAGCUGAAUAUAUGGUGAAGGAAUGUGGUUUGCUCUCGUGGUUAUUUUCUGUUAUAACAUAUUUCGGUGAAAAGCUGCAUGCAGAAGAGAGGCAAUUUUCAUUAACUGUCAUGGAGUUGAUUUUGAAGGCAGUGAAUGAUGUGGUUUCUAUCACAUCAAUUUCUGAAUGGCUUCAAGAUUGUGCCCUCGAACAAUUAUCAGAACUUUCAUCUUAUUUACAUCAUUUAUUCGUGAAUGACAUUAAGUUGCUGAAGGAAAAUGUUUCAUUGGUACGCUUGAUCUUGCAUGUGGUGAUAUCAACAUUCAAUAUAUCUCAGAAAAGGGCGAUAAACCAACCAAAAUUCACCAUUUCACUUGAGGGCUUAUUUAAUUUAUACUUAUCCAUCAAUACUGAGUUCAGUAAAACGGAGUGUGCAAUGGCUAAUGAACUUGGAUUGACUGCUAUGCUUAUGAGCAGUCCAUUGCCAGUUGUAUCUACGUUGGAUAAGGCCAGACUAGUGAAACUUACUGGUUGGGCAAUUUCAGCUUCUUUACAAUCAUCAUCUAGUAAGGGAUGCCUGUUCAAAGAAUUUUAUCCUCCUUUUUUAGUUGCGCACAAAGUAAAACAAGAAGAUGAACCUCUUAUAUCAAAGCUGCUGCGAUGGGUUGUGGCUUCAGUAAUUCUGGGCACAAUCUCAAAUGAAUUUUACAACAAAAAAACAGAUUUCUGUUUUGGGUUAUCAAGUUGUACAACUCUGGAAUCUGCACUCGAAUUUUUUACUACCAGAGAGGGUAAUAUUGGAGAGGAAGAAUUGUUUGCUAGUGAGGCAUUAGCUUUUACGAUACUGUAUCUUCAACAGCUUCUUGGAAGGAGCUGUAUGGAUCUUCCUUCAGUGAUAUUUUCAUUAUGUUUAUUACUUAUUUCUGAAGGGUCCAGUAAAACUGGUAAGGACUAUUUAGACGAGAAUCACAGUCAGAUUGUCUCACUAUGCUCAAAGAUUCGUUGCCCUCUGGAGGUUCAUCCCGCUUGGAGAUGGUCCUUUGCUCAGCCAUGGCGGGAUGAUGCCGCAUCAAACCGAACAGAGAUAGAAAAAGUAUCAAACCGAACAGAGAUAGAAAAAAUAGAAGAAGAACAAGCUUGUCAAAGUCUUCUCAUUAUCUUCUCAACUGCCCUCAAUGGGAAACAAUCUGGUUUUCCAGUUCUCUCACACGAAGACCUGGAGCGGUCUGGGCUGUUCCAAUGGGAGCGAGAUAUCGCCAGCAGAAUGCGAGAGUGACUAAACAAUGAGGUACUCUAACUUAUGUUCCCUUGGCCUUCCGUUGUUCUCAUACUAGAAUUGAAGUGUGGUAGGUGACUCCUCAAAGCUCAUCUUUGUACCCCAAGCAAUAGGCACAAUUUUGUUUACUUAGAGAGAAGAUAUGUAGCGGAUAACAAAUGUAAGCACCCAUGUUUUUCAAGGCAAGAACGAACAUAAGGCAUCAACAGAACCAAA